AUGCUUGUAUCUUCGCAACAAGAUAAAAGCAAAAUACACUGCAGAGGGUUUGAAGGAGCGGAAAUACACGUAAAGCGCGGAAAGAUAGAUGUAGAUGGCUGUGGUAGCUAUGAUCCGGUGAUACUUGCACUACGAAGGCACCAUGCACUUGGGGAUUUACAACUACCUGGAUUGGAAAACAAAGAAAAUCAUCAACCCGAGACAUCGUAUUUCGAGGCAGUAGCUCGCGGAACCAAACGUAACAAAGAUGGUGAGCCAUCAACGUCAAAGGAGAGAAGGGAGUAUCUUGAUCGCAUUACCUCUUUACCUCUUGUGAAUGAUUCUCACUUUAUGAUCUGCAUUGAGUUUGUGUAA